UGAAAAAUAGAACGGGUGUAAACAAUCGAAAUUUUGGUUCCUUUUCUGGUCAAUUUUGUCGUAAUAAAGAUGCCUAAGGCCACUGUUACUGUCAGAGAGUUGAAGAAUAAAGAUACAGGAAUAGAUGUCAGUAUCCCAACAUACCAGGAGAUAAUAGGGUUAAUCAGCAAUACUGUAGAAUUCCAAGUCGUCAUAGUUACGGUUUUGAGAUGCUUCAAGUCACCCGAACAAAAGGAUGAUGAUGUGGUCCAGUUCAUGAUAAAGAAGAAACCAAAUGAAUUAGAAGAACUCCACGCAAAAUUGAAUAAGAAAUACUCUGCAACGGUGCUUCCACCCUUACCAAAGAAGACAUUAUUUUCCGACCUUACUUUCCAAGAACUGCGUGCAGGUUUUGAGCACUUCUUGCAGUUCCUCAGUGUGACGCCGAAGUUAUGUUCCUGUCCAAUAUUUACCGAAUUCUUAGGUGUUGACCAUGCCAAAGCAGAGAAGCUCACCGAGGGUGACGAUCGAAGUCCAAGCUCGCCAGAAGAUAUAGAAGACAUCUUUGAAGAGCAUCAGCCACGGCGGAUGUCCGAUGCGAAACCAACAGAAAAGAGUACCAGUAAGCCGAAUAAACCAGAUAUUUUUGGCGAAGACAACGCAGAUGACGAUUUGGAUUUGUUUACCGCCGAAGCGGCUGCUAAAGACGACGAUGACCUUGACCUCCUAGCACUUGCCGCAGCAGCAGAUGAGAGGGCAGGGAAGGGCAAAGUGAAAGAAGAGGAUGUGAAGAUUGUGAAACCGACAGCGGUUUCAGAAACUAAACUAUUUGAUGACCAGGACUAUGGCGGUGGAAUUGACCGAGAGGAGGCGGACAAGAUAUUCUACAUACCAAGCUCAGAACCGUCUGAGAAAGACAGUGCCCCGUUGUUCGAGGUGGAAGAUAACUCAGAAUUGUUAAAUAUCGAAGACGACUUGGACAAACUACUGACCGCCGAGCUUCCAUCGUGUAAAAAGGCGAAGCCUGUGAUUACGGUGAAACCACACACUUCCAGUAAACCUGAUCCCCCUGACAAACCGACAUAUGCUCCAAAACCUGUCGCGAAACCCGUCCUACCGCCAAAACCAGGAAAACCUGCCCUAAAACCGAAACCAGGUGCCAAGCCAAAGGUGACACCUAGUGGUGAUGCAGAUGACUUAUUUUCUAAUAAUUCGAAAAAAUCGGAAAAUUUGGACGCGGACGACAUUAUGAAAUAUAUUCAGGAUAAUGCUGAUGACACAGAAGUUGAUUUGUUUUCUUGAUUUGGUAAGGUAAAAUGGUGCAAUAAUAGCCCCGGUACAAUUAUACCCAACAGUGUAGAAAACAGCUUGCAGCAGGCAUCAGUAGACCUGAAGGUUAUAAUUGUACCAGGGCAAAAAACCCAUUUGAAGUCAUGGGUUUUUGACCAGGGUUCAUGACCUUGCUUUAAUCCUCCCAUCUCAAAUAAUUAUAACAAAUAAAUUAGUAAAGAGCGAAUUGUUAGAAUGAUAUUUUCAGUUGUUAUUGUAUACUGUCCCAUUAUAGACUGAUUUGUCUUCUAGUCCGAAAUACUCAAAAUUGUAUACUGUCCUGUUUGAGACUGUUUUGUCUUCUAGUUCGAAAUACUCAAAAUCUUUUUGAAGUCAUACUCUCAGAAAUGUAGUAUUGUUUUCAGAUAUUAGUGGCAGCUGAGUUUAACAAAACAGGGUCGUGUUAUCAUUUCGCUCAGUUGUUAGUUUUAUAAAAAAGGGACUUGGUUGAAAGGGUUCAGAGUACGUUGGGAGUGAUUUUAUGAAUUAUGCAAGUCACAAAACUUAUUUGUCCUAUGAAUGUUUGAGGUUACAAAAUGUUCAGAAAAAUUUGCACGAUUGUACUUAUAAAGUGUUUUUGGAGCUGUUGGCAACAGGUUGGGGCAGAUUCAUUUGAAAGAUGAUCUCCCAAAUGAGCAACCGUUUGUCAAAUGAUAGACCACAUGCAACCAUCCAUGCCAAUUUGUUGAAGGCGAGUUUGAGGUCUAUGGCAAAGAAAUUGUGGCUUGGAAAUUUGAGAGCCCGUCUUUCAAAUGAUUGCGAGAGCCUGACCUAAUUAUUGUGUGUAAUAAUCAUAAGCAAUAUAUAAAUUAGUAUAUUUUGUCCCAUGCUCAAGGGUUAUGUGGUUGAACUACAUGUCAACCUGUGCAGUGGAUUAUGGUUAAUGACAAUCUGUUAAAUUCCAUUGAUAUGACGUGUGGGCCAAAAUAAUAUACAUGGUGCUAAAGUUGUUGAAUCAAAAUUCGGAAAAACUUUAUGAAUAGCAAAAAUACAGUGUACAGUGGAACCCCGGUAACACGACCACCCAAGGGACUAAGCCGAAGUGGUCGUGUUACCGGGGUGGUCGCGUUAGUGAAUUUAAGAAUCAUAAGUAGGUUUUCCCGCCAAAACAUCGUCCUAGCAGAUAUGCUGUGUGUACAUUGACAUGCAUUAAUGACUACGCCACCGGGUGAUUCGAUAAUUUUGUGUGUAUAUUACGAAUAAAAAAUCAUUUUCUUGAGUGUUUUGCGUUUAAUUUACAACUUAUGUAAAUGAGUAAAUAAACUGACGAGAGCUAAUUAGACCAAACAUUACAUUAAAACUUGAGCAUGCUGAUUAGAGCAAGCAUGUUAUUCACACCAUCGGCAGCUGCUCUUCUUGAUGUCAAGCUAAUAUUCUCGCUAAUAUUGAGAGAGGUGAUGUGAGAAGAUGUUGAGAAUUCUUCCUGAUGUCUUCCUGCUUUAACUUCAGCCAAUUUGAACUGGUACUGAUUAAAUCAUCUUUUUAAAAACGUAUUUUAUCAAUAUUACGACGUAGUAAGCAUUCUUUACUUUGAGUAUUGGUACUCUUACUAAUCAACAUAAUUUAUUUGUCCUAAAAACUACGUGUGCAUGCCUCUUGACAUCAUUUAAUACUAAAUGAUGAAAAACAAACCGUGAGUCGAAAAGAAAGUUUAUUCUUCAUUUUAUUUGCGCUUACAUUUGAUCAAACUCACUUACACAUCAUUUAUUUUCAUAUGGAUUCCCAUGGUCAUUGUGUUCGAGGUGCUAACUAUCAACACGGAUUUGCGAGAAGGUGCCAAUUGAUACGAUGCGGUCAUGGUUGAUUACGGCAAUUAGGCCUCAUGGUCGCGUUAGCGGGGUUAAUUUGCAGUUUGGGACCGACCAAGCUGGUGGUCGCGGUUUGGGUACCGGGGUGGUCGUGUUAGCGAGGGCCAGUUAAUGGGAAUUAGAGAGAAAACCAUUCGGGACCGGAGAAUUUUGGUCGUGUUCGCGGGGUGGUCGCGUUACUGAGGUGGUCGCCGACCGGGGUUCCACUGUAGUCUGUGUCUGUUGGGUAGAAUCAUUUGUGUUUGUGAAAAAUUGCAUUUGUCUUCAAAGGUUUAGGAUUACGAUUGUCUUAUAACUGAAUA